GAUAUAACGUUGACACGUUCUCAAAACGAUGUUAAAAUGGCGUUGUAAAUGUAUCGCGAUCCUAACAUUAUUAUACAUUGCAUCCGUAGAUUCCUUUCCAACUUCGUUGGAUUAUUCUCUCUCUUCCGACACAACCACUUUAGUAGAUACUAUUCUAUCAAAAUUCAAAAGCUCGUACAUCGUAUAUAGUAUCUUUUCAACCAUGAAAGCCACUGCAUUCACUACAAGUCCCUCCUUUUCUCCACCCUUUUGUUCAUCUGUCACUACCUCUUCUUCUUGUUCCUCAUCGUCUUCCGCGUAUCCUGCUGUAUUUCAACGUUUUAAGUCCUCACGAUUAAAACCCUUCAGUCUUUCUUGCAGAGAAGCACGGUUGUGCUCUUUGCAGGGGUUGAAAGCUAUGAGGGAUAGAAAAAGUUUUGUGCUUGAGGCUGGAAAUACCACCACCGCAGAGGUUGAUUCUCAUGGAGAAGGGGAGAACGAGGGUGCUUUGCUUGGCUCCGAGAAUGAGAACAAUUCAAGGCCUCGGAGAAUUGCUCUCUUCGUUGAACCUUCUCCCUUUGCAUAUGUCUCAGGAUACAAAAACCGGUUUCAAAACUUCAUCAAAUGCCUUCGCGAAAUGGGAGAUGAGGUGAUGGUUGUGACAACACAUGAGGGAGUGCCCCAGGAAUUUUAUGGAGCCAAAUUAAUUGGAUCUUGGAGCUUUCCCUGCCCAUUGUAUCAGAAGGUACCCCUCUCCUUGGCACUUAGUCCCAGAAUAAUUUCAGAGGUAGCCCGGUUUAAGCCUGACAUAAUUCAUGCAUCUUCGCCAGGCAUAAUGGUUUUUGGAGCUCUUAUCAUUGCAAAACUAUUGUGUGUUCCUAUUGUCAUGUCCUACCACACCCAUGUACCUGUGUAUAUUCCAAGAUAUACCUUUAGCUGGUUGGUAAAACCCAUGUGGUUGAUCAUAAAAUUUCUUCACAGAGCAGCUGAUCUGACUCUGGUUCCAUCUGCUGCCAUAGCAGGGGAUCUCCUAGCAGCGAGAGUCACAGCAGCUAACAAGAUUCGUCUUUGGAACAAGGGUGUUGAUUCUGAAAAAUUCCAUCCCCGAUACUGCUCAUAUGAAAUGCGAUUAAGACUAAGCGAUGGUGAACCUGAGAAACCCUUGAUAGUUCAUGUUGGACGGCUUGGAGUAGAGAAGAGUUUAGAUUUUCUCAAAAGGCUCAUGGAUAGGCUUCCUGAAGCCCGAAUCGCUUUCAUUGGUGAUGGACCAUACAGGGAGGAGCUAGAGAAAAUGUUUAAAGGUAUGCCUGCAGUGUUCACUGGAACGCUAAGAGGGGAAGAACUGUCCCAAGCAUAUGCUAGUGGAGAUGUGUUUGUCAUGCCUUCAGAGUCAGAGACACUUGGUUUUGUGGUUUUGGAGGCCAUGUCUUCAGGGAUACCUGUGGUGGCAGCACGUGCUGGAGGUAUUCCUGAUAUAAUCCCUGCAGAUCAAGAUGGAAAAACUAGCUAUUUGUAUAAUCCUGGAGAUCUUGAAGAUUGCUUGAGUAAACUAAGGCCACUUUUGCACAACAACGUGUUGAGGGAAACCAUGGCAAAAGCUGCACGUGAAGAGAUGGAGAAGUAUGAUUGGAAGGAAGCCACACGAAUAGUUCGCAAUGAACAAUACAAUGCUGCCAUUUGGUUCUGGCGCAAGAAAAGAGCUCAACUGUUGAGACCCUUCCAAUGGCUGGCAAAACGUUUUUUCCCUUCACCACAAGUCAACUAAGGUAAUGCAACUUCACCUUCCAAGCUUAGGUUAGUUACUUGCUUGCUUUCUGUGUAGUUGAUAGUUUAAUGCAUUCAUUUCGUUUUGAAUGUAAGGGAACAUGCAUUAUAAUGGCUUGCAUCCUAUUUUGUGCCAUUAUAAAGGGGAUCAAGGCCACAGAUUUGAUCCUUCAAGCCCUAUUCUAUCAAAUUAAAUAUUUGAAUGCCAAAUCUAUUCAGACUAUAGUAUCAUCAUAAACAGCAAAGGAAUUUUACUUUGAUAUUUUGCUGGACUGUUUAACAAGGUACAUGCAUAUAACUUUAGUAUUUAUUAACGUUUUGAAACACAAAUAUGUAUGGUUGAAAAAACACAAUAACAGAUAGCCAAGGGAAAGAACUUUGAUUCAUGAUCAUUGGUGCUUUGAGUGCUAUUAUUGUAAUCAAAGUUAGAUUAAUCUUGGUAAUCGUUAAAUGCAAAACAUACCCAAGAAACCAACACAAAAUAGUUGACAGGACAAAUCUGUCCAAUAAAGGUGUAGGACAGAUAAUAUUUGUCCAACAAAAUCUGUCCAAUAACCCCAUUUGUAUAAUAAGACUAAUAAUAAAAAAAAGUGGUAUUUCCUUCGCCUAGGCAAAUAAUAAGGUUCCUGUACUCAAAUUGUCUAGACAUACGAUUAAGAAUGGAGAAAAAAAAAAAUACCCGUUUGAUCUUUUGGAAAGAAAAUAUAUUAAACCUUGGGAUUUCAAAUGUUCUUAAGGUAGCUUCUUCCACCCAAUAAAGUUGUGAAAUGAUUCAUUUACCUUAUAU